CAUUUCUUGAACACAGGUCACCCAGCUGCAGAGCGGGCAGCACACUUCUGUGGGACAUAUUUGGUCUCAUAGUCUUCGAGUGGUGUUUGUCUCGCCUGAUGGAUCCUGGAUGCUUUGGAGAUUGGUUGACUUACAGCACAUAAUCUGAUCCUGAUCUUUUCCACAGGAGAAAGCAUUUAUAAAUAAUAUGGAGUGGACAAAUGACAAGUGGAACUAAUCAGAGUUUUGCUUUGAGUGAAUGAAUGGGUAUUUCUACACCAACUCAUCAUCCUGCAACUGUCAAUCCAUGUCUGAGUAAGGUCACCUGUAGUUUCCCAUGUCAGGUGCUUUUACCAACAGAGACAUGUCCAAUGACAGCUGCAACCUCCCGUUGGACACGGACACGUUUGGCCUGACCUGUAUCUAUGGCCUGAUCUUCUCUUUGGGUCUCCCCAGCAACCUGCUCUCUCUCUGGGGACUGUACCACCUGGGCCGCUCCGGUGUAGGAGGCUGCCAGCUGGUCUACAUUCUCAACCUGCUGCUAUCAGACCUCCUCCAGCUGCUCACCCUACCACUGUGGAUCCUUUAUCUCCAAGGUGGUCACCGCUGGCCUUACAGCCAGAUAACUUGCGAGCUGGUGGGCUACGUUUUUUACGUAAACGUCUAUGCCAGCGUCAUGUUCUUGUGCCUGAUAGCGCUGGACCGCUGCCUGGCCAUCGUGUACCCGCUUAGCAGCCGCAGAGUACGGUCUGUCCGGGUGGCAGCGUUGUCUGGCGUGGCAGUGUGGACCCUCACCUUCCUGUUCUGUCUGAGUGGACUGCUGCCGUCCGUGUUCGACUCUGAUAGACUGCUGUGUCUGGAGCAGUACCCAGUCAGCCCCAGAUACGCCCGCUUCAAGAUCACAACGGUGGCCCUGGGCUUCCUGCUGCCAUGUGCCAUACUCGGCUACACUUCAGCCCACAUUGGGGUGACACUCCGACGAUCUCCGUCUCUCUCUGACCAUGAGCGGCACAAAAUCGUGGGCAUCCUCGUCGUGAUCACCAUCAACUUCAUUGUUGUGUUUGGACCCUAUCACCUCGUGGGCGGAUACAGAUUUGUGUCCUUGCUGCUGACUGACGAGCCGUGUGGAAUGGAGCGUUCCAUUUUCCUCAUCUAUCGCCUGUGCUACGGUCUGACCAGCCUCAAUACCCUGCUGAAUCCCCUCUUCUAUAUCUUCCUGUGCCCCGAUGCCCGGCUAGAGCUGCAAAGAUCCUUGCCCUGGUUGGGAAGGGGGCAAAGCACACACAAAAAGAUUAGCCUCAGUACCAGAGCUCCCUCAGACAACCAGAGGGAGAGCGAAACUGGACAUAAUAAUCUUCUGGAGAUAUAACUUGGAUAUUACCUCAGAGCUGAGCUCCUGGUAUUUAGUCAAAGCUAGUGUGCCACCAAGUGGAAGUGCAUGUGUACAGUGUGUUUCAGCUCUCAGCAAAUGCAUUCAUUUUCUUCAGGGUGCUUCAACCUCAUCAGCUAAAAGAUUUCCACGAGUUCAAGUUUCAGUUACUCGUCGUGAUCUAAAUACUGUUUCAGAGGAACACAGAUCUCAAAGUGCAACUGUUGCUGACAUAAACUCAACACAUGUAUAAUUCAGUACAAAUAGGCCAAAAAUCCACUCUUUUGUGAUAUCCAAUACCAUACCCAAAUUAUACAACCAAAAUAAGAUCCAUCUAUUUACUAGAUGGAUCAAUCA